AUGACAGCUCCACUGUGCCGAAAUGACAGCUCCAGCAUUAGCUGUGCCGAAAUGACAGCUCCAGUUCGUGUCCCGCACGUUGUUCACGCGUUGCCCAUCUGUGCCGAAAUGACAGCUCCAGUUCGUGUCCCGCACGUUGUUCACUCGUUGCCCAUGUCAUGCAAUAACACCAUUCAAUUGAGUCAUCAGCUGUGCCGAAAUGACAGCUCCAGUCACGCAAUAACUCCUCUUGAUGAGUCGGAAUCAUCAGCUGCGCCGUAA